AUGCUGUUUGUUAAGGUAGGAUGUUGUUGCAUAUCUUAUCAAUUCCUAACAGUCAUACAGUUCAAAUCUAUCUAUCUAUCUAUCUAUCUAUCUAUCUAUCUAUCUAUCUAUCUAUCUAUCUAUCUAUCUCAUUGGAAUCUAAUCUAUCUAUCUAUCUAUCUAUCUAUCUAUCUAUAUCUAUCAAACUGGGCUUAUAUAUAUCUGAGUCUGUCCAUAUCUAUCUUAGGGCAGUUCAUAUCUUUCUACCUCUCUCCCUUUCUCUAUCUAUCUGAGCUUGUUCAUAUCUAUCUAUCUAUCUAUCUAUCUAUCUAUCUAUCUAUCUAUCUAUCUGACCUUAUUCAUAUCUACCUAAAUCUCUUUAUUUCUGUAACUAAACUUGUUCAUAUCUAUCUAUCUAUCUAUCUAUCUAUCUAUCUAUCUAUCUAUCUAUCUAUCUAUGUUAGGCUUGUUCAAAGCUAUUCUAUCUAUCUAUCUAUCUAUCUAUCUAUCUAUCUAUCUAUCUAUCCCAGUCUCUUCAUAUCUAUCUAUCUAUCUAUCUAUCUAUCUAUCUAUCUAUCUAUCUAUCUAUCUCAGGGCAGUUCAUAUUUUUCUAUCUGUACCGAUUUGAGCUUGAUCAUAUCUAUCUAUCUAUCUAUACUUAUUCAUAUCUAUCUAAAUCUCUUUAUUUCUUUUGUUCAAAUCUAUCUAUCUAUCUAUCUAUCUAUCUAUCUAUCUAUCUAUCUAUCUAUGUCAGCCUGUUCAUUAUCUAUCUAUCUAUCUAUCUAUCUAUCUAUCUAUCUAUCUAUCUAUCCCAGUUUGUUAGGACAGUUAAUUUCUGUAUAUCUCUUUCUCUCCCUCUAUCACCCAAUCCGAUUAAUACUCUCAGAUACUCAGAUACUCUCUCUCUCUCUCUAUCUAUCUAUUUCAGUCUGUUCCUAUCUAUCUAUCUAUCUAUCUAUCUGA